AUGAAGGUGAAGAUAGAAAGCACUAGGCUUGUCAAGCCUUUCUAUCAAGACACCACUCCUCUUACAACAUCGGAUUUUGUCCCAUUGUCAGUCUUUGACAAGGCUACAUAUGACCAACACAUAGCCGUGAUAUAUGCCUACAACCCUCCCACCCAAUCGAAUGCCGCCAUCGAGCUAGGGCUCCGGAAGGCACUGGCGGCAUAUCGCGCGUGGGCGGGAAGGAUCGGGGAAGAUAGCGACGGGAACCUCGUCGUUCUCCUGAACGACGAGGGCGUCAGGUUUGUGGAGGCAUUCGUCGAUUAUCCCCUCGAUCGCACGAUGCUCCUCAAACCGUCCCCUUUUCUGUUGACCCUCCACCCUGGCGUGAAGGACGUAUCGGAACUUGUGCAAGUCCAGCUCACUAGAUUCUCUUGUGGGUCUAUGGUGGUGGGAUUUACUGCCCACCACCGUGUGGCAGAUGGCCACUCAUCCAGCAACUUUUUAGUUGCGUGGGGCCAGGCCACUAGGGGGCUUAUGAUAAGCCCCCUCCCUUUUGAUGACCGCACAAUAUUCCCCCCUCGAUGCCCACCAGAAGUCAAAUUCCAACAUCGAGGGGCGGAAUACAUACCUAGGAAUUUCAAGAAAACCUACCCCUUGAUCGACCACGACACGAACGACAUCGUGGUGCACAAAGUUCAUUACAGUGCUGAGUUCAUCUCGAAGCUCAAGGCCAAGGCCUCCCACAACAACAAGCGGUACACCACUAUUGAAACCCUAUUGGCUCAUCUCUGGAGGUCCAUAACCCGGGCACGGGGCCUAAACCAUUCCGACACGACCAAGCUACGAAUCUCGGUCGACGGCCGGUCGAGGCUAAACCCUAAAGUGCCAAAUGAGUACUUUGGAAACCUAGUCCUCUGGGCUUUCGUUACAACAAAAGUGAAAGACCUUCUCCACGAGCCGCUCUCGUACGCGACCAGGCUUCUGCACGAGGCGAUCGUGAAGGUGAACGACGACUACUUCAAGUCGUUCAUCGACUUUGCCACCCACGAGGUGAAGGAUGACGGGGAGCUCGUCACGAACACGGAAUCGUCGUCCAAUCCGAUUUUGUGGCCCGAUUUGGAGGUCGAUAGCUGGCUGAGGUUUCCGUUCUACGACCUCGAUUUUGGAUGCGGUGGGCCGUACAUUUUCAUGCCGUCGUUCUCGCCGGUGGAAGGGAUGUUGUUUCUUUUGCCCUCAUUCUUGGGAGAUGGAGGCAUAGAAGUCUUUGUUCCAUUGUUUCAACAAAGUUUGGAGACAUUCAAAGAGAUUUGCUAUUCUCUUGAUUAGGUUGUCGGAAAAGGACAAAACCCUAAUUAUAUCCUCUUUAUCGUCGAAUUUGGUUAUGCAUGCAUGCUAGCUAAAGCUAUAGUUUGAUUUUGAUUAUAUUUGUUUGUUGUUUAAUUUCUAUAUGUAGUUGAAAUAUUAUAUUUGGUGAUAUUGGGAAAUACCUUACCUACUCUUUUGUAACUUGGUUAUA